AUGACGAGGAAGAAGGUAAAUCUAGCUUACAUUUCCAAUGACUCGGUGAGGAAAAGAGCACUCAUGCAUAAGAAGAGAGGACUUACGAAGAAACUUGAUGAGAUCAAGGUUCUCUGUGAUAUUGAUGCGUGUGCUGUCAUCUACAGUCCAUUCAACUCAACUCCAGAAAUAUGGCUACCAAACUCGGAGGUGCAUAAGGUUAUAGAAAAGUUCGAGAUUUUGACAGAUGAAGAACAGACGGAGGCAUCGGUUAACCACGAAGAGUUUCUCACUCAAACAAUCACAAAAGACGAGAAGAAGGUUAAGAGAUUAACUGAAGAUAAUAUUGAUAAAUUCAUGAAGGAACUCAUGUACGCUUGUCUUAAUGGUAACCUGUGA